CAAUAUUAUACCCUCCAACAGCUUGGCACACCAAUUUUCGCCCGUAAUGCCAAUGCCUUUCAUAUGCAAUCAAGCAUUACAUCAUGGCUAAAACCAAGCAGCAUAGUUCUUGUCGUCGAAAAACAAGUCGUUGCGCGGCCUACGUCCCGUGGGGGAAAUCGUUCCCGGCAUUCCGACUGCGUGGAGCAGCGACCCGCAGCGUUACAUUACCCAUCGUCCGCUAUCCCCUUCCGGGCUUGCUCACGGCCCAGGUUCCGGGAAUGCGGAGCGCCACCGUUUCAGUCAAACUGGGAGGCGGCUCGGCACUGACUUGGCCCUGAAACCUCGACCCGAGAUUUUCGGUGGGGUGACUACCCCAUGGAGCCCUGCUCCGUGAUGUUUACUCGGUGACACAGGCUCGCCUGUUCCCGUCGAUCGGAUGGCUCGUCCAAUCUGCCGUUGAGAGACCUUGCUCGUGGCGUGGGUUACGCUUGGUCCUGAGUUCUAUGAGCUAAGACCGGGGGGGAAAGGAGGUGAGCAAGUAUAUCAAGAUGGUCCUGCCCGGUGUUUUGGCCGUUUCCCUUUCGUCAUCACCGCCCCCAUUCUCCUGCUAUCCUCUUUUGACCCGUAGUCAAGAUGCGUUCCUCAGCUGUUCUUCAGACUUCUCUCCUUGCUGUCCUGCCUCUUGCCGUUCAGGCUCAGGGCGCCUCUGGGUCUGGCAAGUCUACCAGAUACUGGGACUGCUGCAAGCCAUCAUGUGCCUGGCCAGGUAAGGCGGCGGUCAACAGACCCGUCUUUGCCUGUGACGCCAACUUUCAGCGCAUUUCCGACUCUGGUGUUGCCUCUGGCUGCAAUGGUGGCUCUGCCUACUCGUGCGCUGACCACAGUGCCUGGGCCAUCAACGACAACCUCUCCUAUGGCUUCGCUGCCACUGCUCUGAGCGGGGGAUCCGAAGCUUCUUGGUGCUGUGCCUGUUACGAACUCACCUUCACCGACGGCCCCGUCGCCGGCAAGAAAAUGGUCGUCCAGUCCACCUCCACCGGCGGCGACCUCGGAAGCAACCACUUCGACCUCAACAUCCCCGGCGGCGGUGUCGGCCUUUUCGACGGCUGCAAGCCCCAAUUCGGCGGCCUCCCCGGCGCCACCUACGGCGGUAUCUCCGACCGCAGCCAGUGCGCCUCGUUCCCCGACGCCCUCAAGCCCGGGUGCAACUGGAGGUUUGACUGGUUCAAGAACGCGGAUAACCCGUCGUUUACCUUCAGACAAGUCCAGUGCCCGUCUGAGUUGACGGCGAGGAGCGGGUGCAAGCGGGAUGACGAUUCCCGGUUCCCGGUAUUUUCUCCCCCGGGAGGCGGCAGCCAGCCCCAGCCUCAGCCGACUAGCAGUGCGGCGCAGAACCCGAACCCGACUCCUAGCGCGGCGCCGGGUGGGUGCAGGGCUGCGAAGUAUGCGCAGUGUGGUGGGCAGGGGUUUACGGGGUGCACUACUUGUGAGGCGGGGAGCACUUGCACUGCUAGCAAUCAGUGGUAUUCCCAGUGCCUAUAAGCGGUAGAGGCCUGGAGCCGAGCUUCGUUACUUGGUUGGAUGAGGUGGGCAGAGACUUGAUGAAUCAUUCUUGUCUUUGUGGAAGGGUUUGGUUGGGGUUGAAAAAUUCUUUUCUUGGUAUAUAUGAUAUCUUACUUUAGCAAUUUCGGCCUACGCUGCGUCGGUUUCCUUUUUAUUUUUUUAUUCUUUUCUCUUUCAAACAAAACAGUUCAUCAUUACCUUAGCCAUUAUCCAUACCCGUACAUUGGAAGGCUUAUUCUAUACAAUGUAAACUAUCACACAGUGGACGCCGUGCAUUGUUCACAAAGCAGUGCGUGUUUAUAGUGUAAAUAAUGUAAAUGAAGAAUAAGAAGAAAACCCACAG